AUGAGCGGUGCGCCGAGUUCGUCGCGUGCGGACACGCCGCGUGUGUACAUUCCGAUCAAUCGCAAGCAUACAAUUUCACAAAUGGAAAAAUUCGAAUUGUCGCUCACUCGCACCAACAAACGAGUGUAUGUGGGCAAAAAGAAGGUGCACGCGGAUCCGAGAAAAAGGCGGAUUCCGCAGUUGCCAGUCAAUCAGGAGCCGACGGUCGCUGUAGAAAAAGUGGUCAUCGGAGCAGACGGAAAAGUGCCGUACCUCGGACCGGCGUACAAAAAGUAUGCGCCGAAAAAGACGAAAGAGCAGAGAUUGGAGGAAGAUUUCGAGGAGAGAUUUCUUCAAGCUUCACACGCUCGCUCUUCUGGGAACGAACAAUUUCAACCAGGUCUAUCCCAUGAAACGACGUCGAGACUGUGGAAUCCAAAGGAAGAAAUGGACGAUUCGAUGGAUACGAUUGUGAGGGAAACAACCGAGAAGCAGAGGCUCAACAAUGAAAUUAAUGAAAAAGUGAGCAAAAUGUACUAGAAGCCAAUAAAUGUACUUUUUUGCUUUCAGUUCAACAGACUAACCCGAAAACCGCUGCCCCAGAGAGUGGAUGUGGUGGAGAAAAGAGCUCCGAUGAAGGUACCGUACUUUCCCACCAAACGGAAAUUCCCGGUGACUUUUCCGAAGAAAAACGGCAUAAUGCAUGACAAGAGUGUGCAGACUCAGAAACCGAGAAGAUUCUAUGAAAAGUCGAUGGAGAGUCAGACGGAUCCGACGGAUUUGAUGAGCGAAGACGAAGUUCGGGCAAAGAAAGAACAGGAAGCGGUGAGAGAUCUCAAGUAGAGAGAAUACAUAAUAAUCUGGAAUUGCAGAAUGAGAAGGCGUGGUUCGAGAUCGGAAAAGCCGUCUGCGACAUGAAUUUGAUCCACUUUGCCUCGUUCGGACCCCCGAUUCUGGCGGCUGAAGUCUCGUUCAGCGACCGCGAGAUCUUCACUUCAGUUGCUGCGAACUUCCGACAACUGGUAGAAUCGAUGGGGGCGGCAGCCGAAGCAACAGUGAUCAAGAAGAACUUCAAGCAGUUUUUGAGGGUGGUGACCGGAUUAUCCAAUGAUACGGAGCAGCCGAAUGUAAAGAACAACUAA